AAAGAAUUCCUUCCAAAUCUAGAGGAAAUUUUAUCCAAUUUUUAACAGUAGACUCAAACAAAAUGGUGUAAUUGGGUUUUUGCCGUCCCCGCAACAUCGGAAUACCCUGUCUCCCUGACUCCCCGUGAAUAGGGUUUAAGCCCAUACGGCAUAGGCAACUCUGCUGCUUGUUCUUCUUCUGUGACAGUCAGUCAGCUUUCGAUUAUACCGAUCUCUUCAAUCUAAAUUUUCUAUACCAACCUUUGAUCCUCCAUUUGAAGCUCAAACCCAGCAAGAUAGAUCUCCACCAAAGAAUGCACAGCCUUAAACGCAUAGCAGCGUCCACCUCAAUUACAAACCAAUUUCAAAGACUCUCUUCCACAAUCCCAAAGCUCCAUUCCAUAGAUUUCUCCACCAAGCCGUCUUCUUCGUCCACCGGCCGCAACUCCAAAAACGGCGACGACCAAUGGAACGACUCGUGGGAGAUGGCUUGGUUGCCGGAGGACCUCUCGGCGAAGCACCGGGCUCCCUGGGAGACCGACGUGAAUUUCCCGUCGUCAGACUCUGGGACCGUUCUCUCGCCCGAGGUGGACGCGGAGACCAAGGCGUUCGUGGAGGACAUGAAUGAGAAUUGGAAUCAGAGGAAAGGGUCCAAGGCCAAACUGCUAGAGAAGGAACAGAGUGAGAGUAACAGUCGUACUAGUAGCGGUAACAGUUCGCUUUAUAGCUUGGAGAACAUGAAGAAGGAUUAUAGGUUGAAGAAGCAGAGGAUUCACGCCGGGUUGUGGAUGAAGGAGAUUGAGAAGCAGGAGGAGGCCAAGUUGGGGGAUUCCAUCGCCGGCGGUGGCGACGAUAUCGAGAUAUUGCUCGAUAGCUGCUCCGAGAUUUUCGAUACUUCCAACGAUGAUUUGAACAACUCAAAGAUCCCUAGCUCUUCUGAGUUCAAAAACAAACCUGACGGUUGGGAAACAACAGCCAAGGCUCAAGAUGGAAACAUAUGGGAGAUGUCACAGAGGGAAGAAGAUAUUCUUCUCCAAGAAUUCGACCGUCGAAUUGCAUACAGCAAAUUUCAGAUAGCUAGUUUUAUCAAGACUCACAUAUUUAGCCGAAGAAGACCAAUUGAUGGGUGGAAAUACAUGAUAGAGGAGUUGGGACCAAAUGCCAAGAAAGGAAAGGGUAGUGUGUCUAGGUUACCCAGUCUAUCUGAUGCAUCAACCCAACCCUUUAAGGAGGAGAGGACUCCACUUGACAGCAGGCUGACCCCUCUAAAGCGUAGGUAACUUCUUUUGAAUAUUCUCGUCGAGAUUGAAACUAUUUAUCUUUACUGUGUGUAUGAUGGUACUAUCUUGUAGAGAUAAAAUUCUUGAUGCUGAAAGCUAAAAGAAUGUGUAUGUAUUCCCUCCGGAACUGCAGUUCCUAUUGCUCUGAAUACUACUUUUUCAUUAUUUGAUUUAUUCAUAUAGCUUCAGUAUUC